AUGGCGGGCCGGGGUCAGGACGUGGUACAAGAUGGCGGCGCGCAGUGCAUGAGGAGAGCAGAGCCGACACAGGGGCUUCUCCGUUGUAAACAGAUCAUGUACAGUGCGUCAUGUCGGCUCUGGCCAGGUCGGUUGGGUUUGUGUGUUUUCGAGCCUCUUCAAGAAAUAACCAUCAUAAAACAACUUCCAAAGGUUAAGGUCCAUCAUUACAGACCAGGAAAUGGGGAAUGGCUCCAGUUUCGGAAUUUUUACCUUCCUAAAUGCCAGUAUGUAACCAAAGUUGACAAAGGCCUGCACCAACGUGUAAAACCCAAGGCUGAACCACCAACAUCAUCCUUUUCAGAGAAGCCACCUCUGAUCAAUGAUGUUGUUGCUCGAUCUGUUCAACAAGUUCCUACAAUUACACCAUAUCCGUCCAGUCUUCACGAGGAUGAAGAACACGUGCCAGGGAAAACAGCAAUGGAAGAGGUAUCUGAGGAUAAAGGAACUUCUCAAGAUAUUAGUAAAGGCAAACAAUGGAAGGAGGUGAAAGUGCAACUAUCAGAUCUACCAGGGAUCUAUGCAAAACUAUCUAAAAUAAAACUCACAGCUUUAGUUGUAACAACUGCGACUGCUGGAUUUGCCAUGGCACCUGUACCCUUCGACCUGAGCUGUUUCCUUCUCACCACUGUUGGAACAGGCCUCGCUUCCUGUGCUGCCAACUCCAUUAACCAGUUUUUUGAGGUGCCCUUUGACUCGAACAUGAACAGGACAAAAAAUCGACCCCUUGUCAGAGGGCAGAUUAGUCCUCUCCACGCAGUGUCCUUCGCAUUCGCCUGCAGUCUGCCUGGUAUCGCAGUAUUGGCACUUGGAGUUAACCCAUUAACUGGAGCAUUGGGUGCCUUUAACAUUUUCCUCUACACAUGCUGCUACACGCCAAUGAAACGGUUGAGUAUUCUGAAUACUUGGGUAGGCUCUGUGGUGGGUGCUAUUCCUCCGGUCAUGGGCUGGACGGCAGCAACUGGCAGCAUCAGUGCAGGUGCCUUGUUAUUGGGUGGCAUUCUGUACUCCUGGCAGUUUCCACAUUUCAAUGCUUUAAGCUGGAACCUUAGGGAAGAUUACUCACGAGGUGGCUACCGCAUGAUGUCCGUCACACACCCGGCACUCUGUAAACGGGUGGCAUUCCGCCACUGCCUUGGUCUCAUUGGACUAUCAACACUCUGUUCUGUAUUUGGUGUUACUACAUGGAAUUUCCCCCUCAUUUCACUCCCAAUCAAUUUGUAUAUCAGCUACCUCGGCUAUCGGUUUUACAGGGACUCCAGCCGCAGCAGUGCUCGCAAACUUUUCUUCUGUAGCCUCUGGCAUCUUCCAAUGUUAUUACUCCUCAUGCUGACCUGCAAGAAAUCGGUAGUUGGAAGUGAGAGUAAUGUCCAUCACAAAGUUAAACCAGAAAUGCAAGUUUAAUGUUCAUUUUUAUUAAGAAAUCUUCAGAAGGUAGCUACUGUUUUUGCUAUAGUCCCAUAAAGUGGGAUAGUCUAAUUUCUGUUCCUGGAAGUUUCACAGUUUAUUACUGCUAUAUGUUACCUUGUAAUGUUAAAUGCAAGCAAGUUUCUUCAUUUUCAUAGGAAUAGGAUCAGGCUUUUCACCAUUCAAGCAUGCCUCACUUUACCAUUUAGUUGUAAUUUGGUGGAAUUCCAUCUCAGCUCUGUUUAAACUACCAUGUCCAUAUUCCUGAGACCAUAAAAUAAGAGCAUGAAUAGGCUAUAUAAGGCCCUUCAUGUGUGCUCCAUCAUUCAGUAAGAUCAUGGUUUGUUCUCGACCUGAACUCCACUACACUGCCCAUUCCUAUGACGUUCAACUCCCCUAACGAGCAGAAGUCUAUUGAUCUUGGUCUUAAAAGCUCCAAUUAUCCCAAUAUUCACAGCCUUUUGGGAAAGAGGAUUCCAGAUGUCUACUACCCUUUGAGGGGGGAAUAAAUGUUUCACAACUUCCUCCCUCAAUAGCCUAGUUCUUUUGUUCUUCAUUUGCCCAUUCAAUGAGAUAGUUUGACUAUAUCUACCCCAUCAAACCUUUUUUAACUGUUUAAAUCCCUUGAUCAGAUAACACCUCAAUUUACUGUAUUCAAAGGAAUAUAAGCAAAGUUUAUACAAUUUCUUCAAAGUUCAACUGUCAAGCUUGUCCUGCAUUUCCCUCUUGUGUUGAUCAUGUUAUGUUCUGUCCAUUGGUAUAAUAUGCCCGCUAUGGCACAGAUCCCUUAAACUCUCAAUAUGUGCACAGGGCAGUAACAAGUUAAACUACCACCAUGUGCUUUUGAACACCAGGGAAAGUUCUAAAUGCCAGCCAGAAUUUCAGGAAGGAUCACUGGACAGCAAUUUGCACAACCACUGUGUGAUCGUGAAAUUAAUGAUAAAAUAUGUUAUUCAAUUGUGUUCUUCAGAGGAAAAUAAAAGAAAUUCUCUGUUA